AUGUUCGCCUUUCUACCCGUCGUCCUCGCUCUCUUCUCUGGCAUCACUGCCUUUGCCGCCCCGGCUGCCAGCUUCAACCCCAAUGAGCUGUCCAAACGCCUCGCAGAGGGCGCGGAAGUUGGCAUCGAAGUCGUGCCAACCUUGACCGACGACAAACUGCGCGAGCUCGCCUUUUGGGAGAACGGUGUCCUCCAGGGUUACAUGAUCGAGAAGCCCGACGAUGGCAACGCCGACACUCUCGAUUUCUACUUCACCGAUGCGAAGGGCAACGUCAUCGACGUUGACGCCGAGGCCGACGACAAUGCUCUCGAGAAGCGCGCACUCUCAUGGAUCACUAUUGGAAUCAAGCUCGCCUCAAUCAUCAGACGAUGGGGCCCAAGGGUCUGGACCUACUUCUAUUGCGUUGGAAUUGGCGCAGUCUCUCGCUGUGCGGACACCUUUCUACGUUGUGCCACUAUGGGGCAGGCGCCAUGGACGUGCCCGGCAGGGUUGCUCUGUGUCGGCUCAGUGGCGAACAAGUGCAGAUGA